UCUUUCAGCGGGGGAUGAAGGGUGAAAUUGUAAAUUCCAGUCAUUUUUUGCAUUACUUUUGAAUAAAACGCUGCGUCCUAACUUUUGUGUCGAGAAAAGUCAAAACCCUAGGCCUGCAUAUACAUAGUGAUAGAGAAAUUCCUCGCAUAACAGUGCCGAUCCAAAAUGUCGAAGCGAGGAAGGGGAGGUAGUGCGGGGAACAAGUUUAGGAUGUCGCUGGGUUUAUCGGUGGCUGCCACAGUGAACUACGCCGACAACACUGGAGCCAAGAACCUCUACAUUAUUUCAGUCAAAGGGAUCAAAGGCCGUCUCAACAGGCUUCCAUUAGCUUGCGUCGGCGACAUGGUCAUGGCCAUCAUCAAGAAAGGGAAGCUCGAUUUGAGGAAGAAGGUGUUGCCAGUUGUCAUUGUCCAACAGCGCAAACCUUGGCGUAGAAAGGACGGCGUGUACAUGUACUUCGAAGAUAAUGCUGGUGUCAUUGUCAAUCCCAAGGGAGAAAUGAAAGGAUCUGCUAUCACUGGUCCCAUUGGAAAGCAGUGUGCUGAUCUGUGGCCUAGAAUUGCAAGUGCUGCCAAUGCUAUUCUCUGAACUCUGAAAGAUUUU